AUGAACGCCCUCGAGAUCAGAGAGCCGGACCUCAAAGAGAUGGGCUCCCUGAUCCAAUCCCGCGUGGUCUUGGAAGUGUCCACUCAGGUCCAGUCGCUCUUGGAUUCCCUUGACACCACCACACUUGACAUUGCUGUGACAGGCGAAUCGGGUGCGGGCAAAUCCACUUUCAUCAAUGCGUUGCGGGGUCUUCACGAUGGCGACCCCUGUGCCGCCCUCACUGGAGUAAUAGAGACCACGGCUUCACCCACGCCAUACCAGCACCCUCACUUGCCUAGUGUCCGGCUUUGGGACUUGCCUGGCAUUGGCACCCCGUGCUUCCAAGCCGAGACCUACCUGCACCAGACCGGGUUCGAGAGGUACGAUUUCUUCAUCAUCGUCGCUUCCGAGCGCUUCCGGGAGAGCCACGUGCAGCUGGCCCGUGCCGUGAAAGCCAUGGGCAAGCGCUUCUACUUUGUUCGGUCCAAGGCUGACCAGGACUUGCAUGCGUCACAGCGGCGACGGCCGUCCCGUUUUCAGGAGGCUCAGGUGCUGCGGGAAAUGAAGGAAGACUGCAUUCGCCAGCUCCAAAAAGAAGGCCUGGAUUCCCCCAAGGUCUUCCUAGUCUCCAGCUUUGAAUUACACCGCUUUGACUUCCUGCUGUUGCAGGAUACCCUGGCGGAAGAGCUGGAAGGCCACAAGCGGCAUGUCCUCCUGCUCUCUUUUCCAUCCGUCACCGCUGCAGCUGUGCAGAAAAAGAAGGAUUCCCUGCGUAAGCACAUCUGGAAGAAGGCCCUGCUGGCUUGCUUCGUCUCAGCUUUGCCUGGCCUCCCCAUCCAUUUGAACAUCCCAAUGCUCAUGAACACCCUCGUCUCGUACCGCAGGAAUUUCGGCCUGGAUGACGCCUCCCUGGGGGCCUUGGCCCAUGCAGCCUCUAAGCCACCUCAUGAACUGAAAAGUCAGGUCUGCUCGACGUUAGGGAAAGAUCUUUCGGAGAACGCUGUCCACAGCAUCCUGAGUCAAGCUGCCAUCUACGGGCAAGUGGCUGCCCGGCUGGUGAAGAACAAGGUGCCACUUUUGGACAACUUAGUCGCCGGGGGCGUCUCUUUCGUGGCCGCCUAUUACCUACUGCACACGGCCCUGGACAGCUUUGCACAAGAUGCCCAGAGAGUCCUUGAAAAAGCCUACGGGUUUGAGGAUGAGGUCCAAGACGCGCUCUGUUAUCCUCCGGAUCCUGGGUUUCUCUUUGAUUGA